CACUAAUUCAUUUAUAGUCUUAAAUUAUUUAAAGCGUUAUUAAUUUAUCAUAUUGUUUUGUGAAGACUACGAGUGGAAUAAAGACGGACAGAUAUUCCCCCGGCCUCUGACGUCCCUCGUCAUCCUGCGAACAUCGAUCGCAACGCCUCUAGUGGCUACUAAAGAAAUAAAAAAUGACACACAAAAUGAUCCAUCUCCACCUCUGAAGUUUUCAGACCUGUAUAUAAGACCAUGAUCGUAAUAUACCACGUGCUACACACGUUGGUUUUGCAUUAUUGCCGCUAAAUACGUUAUAUGCAAGUAAACAGUAUUAUAGUGUUUUAAUUAUGGAUUAUAAAGUGAUGAUUCUGUUUGAGAUUAGUCAGUGAACGUACUGACUUGAGCAUAGAAUCAUCAUCCGAUUCUAAGUAUUAUGUAUCGUAAUACGUGACACGAGGAAAGCGAUGAAAAAGGCAAGCCGAUAAAUGAUGUAAACAAUAGUAAUGUUACAAAAUUUAUACUGAAUGUACAUUAAUGUUGAUAGUAUUUGAUAAAAUUGAGACAUUGCGGAUAAAAAGAUUUUCCAUCUGACAAAAUGCAGUAUUUGGUUACUGACAAAAGUGAUAACUUUGAAAUGACUAGAUGAUGAUGAUGAUGAUGAUGACGGAAGUACCUUUAUUGAAAAGUAUAAAUGCUAUCGCGUUUUAGUCAUUUUUUAUGAUCUUUUGACUGAUAUUUUAAGAUUGAAGACUAGGAUGUCUUUGAAGCUAUUAAUGCGUCCUUUAAUUGGAGGACGAUGCUUAAGAUUUCGGAUGUACUGUCGUCUCUAUCAGCACGACAGUAGUAUAAUCAAUGACCCGGUACCUGGAAUUUCAUUAUAUCAAAUAAAACAAACAUUGAAGCAGAGACAAAUUGCCACUGUUGAAGGACAUGCAUGCAUAACUAUAGAGUGUCCUAUAUGUGAGUCAGAAAAAUCCAAAAAGUCAAAGGUUUUUAUUAAUAAAACAACAGGAUACUUUAUAUGUGAGAAAUGUUGUUCGAAAGGUGAGUGGAACAUAUUGGAAAAGUUCUUGUUAACAAGAUCAAUCAAAUCGGAUAAUACAGCGAAAGAGCUGGAGACUCUAAAAAGUGCCAUGAGAGUUCAAGAAGAUCAUGUUUCGGAGUGGGAUAGUAUAUUAAAAUCCAAUCAACAAGUUGCAACUGUGUCUCCAGAUGUAUACAAGGAGAUUCUUCACACAUUCUCUCUGCCAAAAGUUUCACAACAGGACAUCCACCAGUUGAAUGGCGUAUACGCAGGCGCACCAGCGUUACUGCAUUUUCCAUUAAUUGCUUUCAGCAAUACCGUCGUAGGUUACAAGACCCUCUCUAGUAAACCAGAAUUUGAACAAACUGUGCCUACUUAUAACGCUGCUGGAGUCGUCACGUACAAGCAAAAAAACAGCAGAAGCGAUGGAACCGCGAUCGUUGUGCCAACGAUACAUGAUUUACUGGCGUUAGUGGCACAACGGGCAGCAAACUUGAUCGUUUGUUUGCCGUACAAUCUACAGAAUUUGCCACAACAGGUACUGCCGAGCUUGGAGAACUACAAGAAGUUGAUCCUGUGGUUCGGAAACGACGAACCGAGCUGGUACACGGCCAGGCAGUUCGCUAAGAAGCUAAACGAGAAGAGAUGCUACUUCGUGAGACCGAUCGAUACGCAACCCAGACCGAAGCUGGCCGCUGACAAGGGCUACGACCUGAAGAGCAUUCUGACUAAUGCGCAGCCGAUAUGGCAUAAGAGCAUCACUACUUUCGACGAUCUUAGGCAGGACGUGUUGUGCGAUCUGCAAAACAUAGACAAGGUUCAAGGUGUAAAAUGGAAGCGGUAUCCUGCUCUGAAUCGAAUGUUGAAGGGCCACAGAAGGGGAGAGUUCACAAUCCUGACUGGUCCAACUGGCUGUGGCAAAACUACAUUCAUGAGCGAGUAUUCGUUGGAUUUAGCGAUGCAGGGGGUCAAUACGCUAUGGGGCAGCUUUGAGAUCAGAAACGCUCGAUUGGCUAAAACCAUGCUUCAACAAAUGGCAGAAGUGUCUCUGGAGGAGAAUCUGGACAAAUUUAACACGUACGCGGACGCUUUCAACAAGUUACCGAUUUACUUUAUGACUUUUCACGGUCAACAGAACAUCAAAGUUGUUAUGGAUGCAGUUCAGCAUGCAACGUACGUACACGACAUAGCGCAUGUGAUAAUUGACAACAUGCAAUUCAUGAUGGGCAUAUCAGACGAGUCGAGGCAGUUUGACAGAUUUUGGAAACAGGACAAGAUUAUAGCAGAGUUUAGGAAUUUUGCCACCAAGUACAACUGCCACGUUACUCUGGUGAUACAUCCGAGGAAGGAGCGAGAAGAGGAACUGACGACUCUAUCUAUUUUUGGCAGUGCCAAAGCGAGUCAAGAAGCGGACAAUGUCUUGAUUAUACAAGACAAGAGGCUCACUAGUAUAAGAGGAAAAAAAUAUUUACAGAUUGCCAAGAAUAGAUAUAGCGGUGAUUUGGGCAUAAUGAUUCUGGAAUUUGACAAAGUCAAACUUAGUUACGCACAAAAGAAGAAGGCAUCGAAGGAAGCAAAGGAGACUCAUGAUCCCAUGGUAGAGAGUUGAGUGAUGGAAUGCCAAAGGAACAAACAGAAAUAACUUUGUCAAUCGAUGUACAAUACGAGUUUAGUGUGAAUGGUACAAAUUUCUGCUAUUUUUGCAUAAAACAUAAUUGAAAAUUGAAAUUGAUACAAUAUUUGUACAUUACAAGAAUAGGAUAAGAAAAGUAACGUAA